CCAUGAACACACCCCAUCACAUGAAGCAGCAACACAAAAGAAAAAGAAGAUGUCAAUUGUUCCAAGCUUCUUUGGCGACAGAAAAGCCACCGUUUUCGAUCCUUUCUCCCUUGCCGAUGUAUGGAAUCCGUACAAGGAUUUCCCUCUCUCUAAUCCUCUCCAUAUCUUCAACACUGAGUUCUCUAAUGACACUGCAAGAUUUGCCGGCACAAAAAUUGAUUGGAAGGAAACUCCAGAAGCCCACAUAUUCAAAGCUGACCUUCCGGGACUAAAGAAAGAAGAGGUGAAAGUGGAAGUGGUAGAAGAGAAGGUGCUUCAGAUUAAGGGUGAAAGGAAUAUAGAUAAAGAAGAGAAGAUCGAUAAGUGGCACCGCGUUGAGCAUAGCAGCGGUAAGUUUAUGAGGAAGUUCAGGCUUCCAGAGAAUGCAAAGGUGGAUCAACUCAAAGCAAGUAUGGAAAAUGGAGUGCUUACAGUGACUAUUCCGAAGCAAGAUCAAGUUAAGAAAACCAGUAAUGCUAAGACUAUUGAUAUCUCUUCUUAGACGAAUGAUUACCCAGACUGUCGUAACUUAUAUAUGAUCUUGAGCAAAUGUAAUAAUAAAUGAUAAACCAUGACAGCAUAUUGUACGUAUAGUAUGGCUUUUAUGUUAAUCAGCUUUGCCAUGUAACUCUUCAACUCUGUCGAUAUAAGCUAUAUUUAAACUGUCAUGGUUUAAGUGUUGGAUAAAAUCUAUAACAUA